AUGACAGAAAGUUCUAUGAAGCACAAAGCCAUGCCAGAGUCACGCAAAGGGCCAUAUACACUGGUCACCGUCAACACAGCGCCCGAUCGCGCGAAGAAACUCAUCGGGCGCAUGAUUGAGGGGCUGCAAGAUCGCUACGACAUCACACAUGUUGACAAUUGCACUGCUAUCGAUCAAGUCGCGGCCAAGGUACGGCAGCAUCAACCGAAUAUCUUGUUCUCGGCUUCGAUGUGGUCGCCGGAGGAAGCUGGAAAGAUUCGGGCGAUUGCGGAGAGAGAACGACCAGGUCAGUGGCUAUCAUCUGAGAUGGAUCAGAUUCAUAGAUUCUGA